CGGGGCUCGGCGUUGGUGGGAAGCGGCGGGGCCGCAUUCGCCGCCCGUUCGCUGCCGCGUUCGCGUCGCUGAGCCCCGGGCUGCGGAACGGCCGCGCACGGGACACGGCCCGGGGCUGAGCCGGGACCAACCGCGGGGAGCAGAGCGCCGGACCCGGCACAGCCAUGAGAGACGCCCCGGGUCCCGGGUACCUCGUGCAUCUCGCGUGGAUGUGCCUCUUCUCUGCCGUGCCGCACGGCGCGGCCAAGGUGCUGGAGAGGACCUUCGAGGAGUGGAUGCGGUACCGGGAUGAGUGCCUGCGGAGGAUGGCGAGCGAGCCCUACCCCGCAGGGCUUUUCUGCAACCGCACGUUUGACAUGUACGCCUGCUGGCCCGAUGGCAGCCCCGGCACCGCCGUCAACGUCUCCUGUCCCUUCUACCUGCCCUGGUUUGAGAAAGUGAAACACGGGUUGGUGAGCCGGCGCUGCGGUGCUGACGGGCAGUGGGUGAUGGUGAACGGCAGCCAGCCGUGGAGGGACUACUCACAGUGUGAGGAGGAGCUGGAGGAUGGCGCCGAGGAGGAAGGCGCCCGCAGGCUGAUGGUGAGCUUCAAAGUGCUGUACACCGUGGGCUACGCGCUGUCACUCCUCACCCUCAUCUCCGCUCUGCUCGUCCUCACCGUCUUCAGGAAGCUGCACUGCACCAGGAAUUACAUCCACGCCAACCUGUUCGCCUCCUUUGGGCUGCGGGCCACCUCGGUGAUGGUGAAGGAUGCGCUGCUGGAGAGGCGCUGGGGCGCAGAGGUGCUGCAGGUGGCCGAUUGGCAGGCACUGCUCAGCCACGAGGCAGCACUGGGCUGUCGUGCAGCACAGGUGCUGAUGCAGUACUGCAUCCUGGCCAACCACUACUGGUUCCUGGUGGAGGCCGUCUACCUCUACAAGCUGCUGAUCGGUGCAGUCUUCUCUGAGAAGAAUUACUACCGGCUGUACCUGUACCUGGGCUGGGGGACCCCCGUGGUGUUUGUGGUGCCCUGGAUGGCCGCCAAGUACCUGAAAGAGAAUGCAGAGUGCUGGGCGCUGAACGAGAACAUGGCAUACUGGUGGAUCAUCCGCAUCCCCAUCCUGCUCGCCUCCAUGAUCAACCUGCUGAUCUUCAUGCGGAUCCUCAAGGUGAUCCUGGCCAAGCUGCGCGCCAACCAGAAGGGCUACGCCGACUACAAGCUGCGGCUGGCCAAAGCCACGCUGACACUCAUCCCCCUCUUUGGGAUCCACGAAGUCGUCUUCAUCUUUGCCACCGAUGAGCAAACCACGGGCAUCCUGCGCUACAUCAAGGUCUUCUUCACUCUCUUCCUCAACUCCUUCCAGGGGUUCCUGGUGGCCGUGCUGUACUGCUUUGCCAACAAGGAGGUGAAAUCAGAGAUGAAGAAGAAGUGGCAGCUGUGGAAGCUCGACCACCCCACGCUCUGCUGCACGCAGUGACAGCAGCACCGCAGGGCUCUGCUCCUGCUGGAGGAUCCGAUUCCAAUGCUCACAGUGAGGGAGCAGCCACCAGCAGCCCCACGUGCGUGCAGAGCUGCAAGGAGCAGAGCCUGCUGCCACCAGGCCCAGCCGUGCACUGGCACCCUACCUGUGCUGGCUCCAGUCACAUCCCGAGCUGUGCCAGCACCACGCUGGGCAUUGCACUCCUGCUCUCCUCACCUAAGCCAGGGCCACCUUGCCACCUCUCUGCACCGAGGUGCUGCAGCAGCUGCUUACCACCGCCCUGCACAGAGCAAUGCAACCCCCACCAGCCUCUUCUUGUCCUGCCAGCUGCCAGCUCUCCUCCCCAGCACAGCACCGCAGCACCUCCUGCAGCAGCCUGAGCCCUGACACUGCAUCGGCUGCAGCAGGAGCUCUCUUCCCAGCUCUGGUGCCCCCAUAAAAGCUGAUUGCAGCAGCCUCCCACCCCCAGCCCCUCACUCUUCCCUUGGGUAGCAGAACAGGUCUGCUGCCGAGGCCGCAGCUCCCAUCACACAGCGCUUUGCUGCUCCAGCAGCAGGGAGGAGGCAGCUCUUACUCCCAGCUCCAUGCAGGUGAAUACGGGCGGUUCUCCAUCCCUGGGAGUGUGGCCCAGCCCCCGGGAAAUGCAGAGGUUGGAGGAGGCUGCACCAGGCUCUGUGGCUGAGCAGGAGGUUUGCCGGACAGCUGUAACCCCUGUGAGACCAUUUUGCACACUGACUCUUUUCAGAUGUAAA